AUGGAAGCUUUCAGUCUCCUUAACUACUGGAAAAACAAUGGUGGUGUCUCCUCCGGCCUUAGCUUCCUCCCUCACUCCUCCGACUCUUCUUCCCGUUACUCCGGCGAAGCCACCACCAUUGUCACCUCCGUCUCUCUCACCGAAACAGAGGACGAAACCGCCGACAACGACGACGACGAAGGACCAUUCUUCGAUCUCGAGUUCGCUGUUCCCGUAGAAGAAGAAGACGGCGACGGAGAAGUUUCCGUCUCCGACGACGAUAGCAACGGAGAAGAACCUAGAGAGAGAGAUUCCGAUUGUACGGACGGUGGUUGCGAGUUCAAAUUCACGCUCUCGUCUUGCUCCGGCGGAGAAGACCGAGUAGAUCCAGACCUUGGUGACGGCGACGAUGUUUACUUCAAGGGACAGAUUGUGGAGGAGGUCGAGCCACCGUCUACCGGAGCAGAGCAGACAUGUUCCGUCAAAGCUCCGGCGGCGCAGUUAUCGGCGUCGAUUCUGAAAUCCGCCACGAAGCUCCGUGUGUUCAUGCUCGGGAUGAAGAAAUCGAAGCUUACCCAGGCGAAAUCGGAAGCUAAUCUCGGAUCUGGGGAAGUUCCUCCUCCUCCGCCGUCACACUCGCCGGAAUCGCAACAGAAAAGUACAAUUUCAGCGAAUUUGAAAGCGGAAGAGGUGCCGAUAAGUUCUCUGUUCACGAGAGAGAACAGCUCUAGAAACUCGUCAUCGUCGUCUUCUUCUUCGUCGUCUUCCUCCGUGAAGAAGCAAAACGGCGGCAGCGAAACCACCAUUUCCGAAGAGAACCGUUUCGUGAUGAUGCAGAAGUAUCUGAAGAAGGUGAAGCCGCUUUACAUCCGAGUCUCGCGUCGGUACGGCGAGAAGCUAAAGCACUCCUCCGGCCAGUUAACUUUCGGCUCCUCAGCUCCGGCGAAGAAAACGGAAUCUCCGGCGGCGGUGAGGACGGCUCAUAAACCGGGGAACCUCAGCAUCAACAUUCCGGCUGGUCUUAAAGUAGUGAGAAAACACCUCGGAAAAAGCAGAUCUUCGUCAUCGACGACGACGACUCCGUCGUCUACGGCGACGACUGUUACGACGCCGUCUGAGUCAAGGAGACGCGACGACUCGCUUCUGCAGCAACAAGAUAGCAUUCAAAGCGCCAUUUUACACUGUAAAAGAUCUUUCAACUCCUCUCGAGAUAAAGAUCCGUCGGUGUUACCAAGAUCAGUGAGUGAUCCUUCCUGUUGA